UUCUUUUGGACGACUCUAUUUUACUGUUUUACUUGUUUAUUCGUUUUCUUUUGUGCGUCCUCAACCAGAAUGAAAACAAGAACAUGUCUGUCUCGGACCCGGGUGUCCCCAGAACUUAGCACAGUGCCUGACGCACAGAGUGGGCUUCACAGGGAGAGGCAGAGACAGACGGGCACAGUGAGAGAAAUGCACACUGGACUCAGGGUCCUUCUCCCACGCUCCCCACCCCCGCCCCCGGGAGCACAGGGUGACAAGGGAGCCCCGUGUUAUGAUCACCUUGGUGCCGAAGUCCAUCAGACGAGACCGUCCACGCCCGUGUGCCUCUGAGGACCCACAGGGCAGACACUAAUGUGAGCUAUUGGGUUGGCGCUCUGGCCCUGGUGACCCGGAGGCCCCAGGGAGGGGAAGAGGCACCCACUCAGGCUGGGACUCCCCUGGACAAUGCCAGCCUUGGGCUGAGCUGUGGGCCCUGAGCUCCCGGACCAUGGGAAGCCCACCCCCACAGGCCUGGCCCAUGCACACCUGAGGCGCAGGUACCCCAAAGGCCUCCCCGGGUGCUCCGGGGUCAGAGCGAACAGGGCACAGGGACCAAGAGUUGCUAUGAGACCAGCGUGGGGACACAGGCUAUCCCGAUGGAGCGGCCCCCUUCUGUUCUCCAAGCCUUCUGGCACUGGUCCCCACCCUCCCCAGGGAGGACAUGGCACGAGGUGGGAGGAGCAUGGAGCUCAGAGAGCUCAGCUGGUAAUAAAGGCAGGUGCCUCAUGGGGGCUGGGCCGGGGUGGCACAGACACGGGCGACCAGGGACCUCUUUCUUUCACUCAGGUACGUGCUCAGUAUCGUUUUGAAAGACGCACAGGAUGAGAUCGACUGGGUGACCCUGGGACUUUGCUCUGCUCCCCUGCAGGGACCAGCCCGGACGCUUGUCUGGAGAAGCUGUCAUGAGAUGCUCAGCCAUCCUCCUGGCUGUGGUUCUGGCCACACCUCCUGGCUCCAGGGUUGGGGUGCCCGUCCGCCGGCAGGGCUCCCGGAACAAGCUGCUCCUGGUGUCUCUCGACGGCUUCCACUGGAACGACGACCAGGAUGGGAGCACUCCCAACCUGGACGGGAGCACUCCCAACCUGGACGGGAGCACUCCCAACCUGGACGGGAGCACUCCCAACCUGGACGCCAAGGCGCACGAUGGGGUCAAAGCUCGCUAUGUGACCCCGACCUUUGUCACCAUGACCGGCCCCUGCCACUUCACCCUGGUCACUGGCAGAUACAUCGAGAACAUGUACAACGACACGGCCAGCGGGGUGAAGCUGCCCUGCCACGCCACGCUGGGCGUCCAGAGGUGGUGGGACCAUGGCAGCGUGCCCAUCUGGAUCACCGCCCAGAGGCAGGGCUUAAGGACCAGCUUCUUCUUCUACCCUGGCGGGAAUGUCACCUACCAAGGCAUGGCCGUGACACCGAGCUGGAAGGAAAGUGUCCUGCACAACUGCAGAGACGAGAAGGAGGGGCGACCCCGCACCGACACCGUGAUGACGCGGCUCAGAGAGGACCUGGGCCUGGCCGCCCUCUGCCUUGGGGAACCAGACUCCACGGGCUCCAAGUACGGCCCCGAGUCCCAGGAGGGGAAGGAGAUGGUGAUGCGGGUGGACGGGGCGGUGGGCUACCUCCGGGACAGCAUCGGGCCCAGCGGCCUGGAGAGCAGCCGACGGGACCGGGUCACCACGUCCGACCACAGCACGAGCACCAUCGACAAGCACGCCGGCGACUUGGCGGACUGCCGGGUCCCCAGCUUCAGCUUUGAGGACAUCGAGUUCGAGCUCCUAGACGAUGGACCAAACGGCAUGCUGCUCCCCAAGGAGGGGAUGCUGGAGAAGGUGCACGGGGUCCUCAAGGACGCCCACCCCAGACUCCACGUCUACAAGAAGGGGUCCUUCCCGCAGUCCCUCCGCUACGCCGGGAACCACGGGGUCACCGCCCUGCUCACGUACGGCGACCCCGGCUACGUCAUCCACGGGAGACUGAACGUGCAGUUCGACAACGAGGUCCUGGACAUGAAGACCACCUUCCAGGCGGUGGGCCCCAACUUUCGGAGGGGCCUGGAGGUGGAGCCUUUCGAGAACGUCCACAUGUACGAGCUCAUGUGCAAAUUGCUGGGCCUCAUGCCCGAGGCCAGCGACAGCCACCUUGGCGCCCCGCUGCCCACACCCUCUCAGGUGGGCAGCGCCCCCUCAGGUGGGCCUGCGCUCAUUGUGAUGCCAGGUGGCUGCGGGUGGGUGUGCCCCGCCAGCCCCGCACGUGGCUGCCUCCUGGGAGCAGUUCACGUCCUUGACACUCCCAGGACACCUGACUCCGUGCAGGUCUGCCCUCUCGCAUGGCGGCUGCUGCCCUUAGUGACGGGACAGCUGGUGGCUGCAGUUCUGGCCAAGGCGGCAUAA